AUGGUUAACCUCAUUGAUAAUGUAAUGGGGAAAGGACAAUCUUCCUGCGAGCUAUUCUGCCAAGUCUUGCAGAAAGAUAAAGUGAAGGAAACAUAUCCAAAAUUGAUGGAAUGGUUUUCAAGUAAACAACAAGCUCCUUCGGUCCGUGCGGUCAGUGGACAGGGAGGCAUUACAGCUGAUAUUAAUGCUACAGGAUGUUCUGUCGUGGUGUGUCCCUUCAUCCAAACAAGUCAACUCUCAACCAUUAACAUACCAGUAAAUAUCACCUCAACCACGUGUAACAGGAACCUGGAAAAUAACCUGCCUAUAGGUUCCACAAGCAAAAUAAGUGUCAGAGAGCUCGAGGACAAAGUGACAGACAAGAAAUCGUUUCUGAAAGCGAACUGGGCGAAGCUGGUUCAGAAAGUGAAGCAUGUUAAUGAAGUGGCAGAUCAGAUGUUGGGGCACGGACUCACGAACGAGAUGUAUUCCAACAUCAUGGCGUGUCGAACACCUGAAGAGAAAAUGAGGACUCUCCUUGGAUACGCGACUACAACCGAUGUGGUUUCAGGGCAUCUGUUUACAGCACUGUGCACUUUAAAUAGAUAUGUCAUGCACGAGCUCAUUCAGUAGGGUCUCCCCCUAAAAUCUGGGCUGCUAUUUUAUAGCUGAACCUUGCUUUUGACCAUGUUUAGAACGUAGAACAUAGAACAGUACAGACGAGGAUCUCAGUCUGAAGAAGGGUCUCGACCCGAAA